GGCGAGCCUCCCGGCAGCCGAGGGGCAGGGCCUUUCUCCUCCACGGGUUUAAAGCCGGGAGGUUCCGAGGCCCGGCACCAGCUUUCCCACCGGGACCGCCCAGCGGGAAGACCCCAAGCCUUGGGUGUCCAGUAGAGACCAGCCAAGGAGAGGUCCCAAACAGAACCGACGUCUCUGCCAAGGUCGUGCAAGGCAAGCUCGACAGCCUGCCGCAGGCCGUGAGGGAGUUUAUCGAGAACUAUGUCAAGAUCUGCCAGCCUGACCACAUCCACAUCUGCGACGGCUCGGAGCGGGAGAACCGGCAGCUGCUGGAGCAGAUGGAGGAGCAGGGCGCCGUCAGGAGGCUGAGCAAGUACGACAAUUGCUGGUUGGCGCUCACUGACCCCAGGGACGUGGCCAGAGUUGAAAGCAAGACAGUCAUUGUCACCAGAGAGCAGAGAGACACAGUGCCCAUCCCCAGAGCCGGCCCCAGCCUGCUGGGCUGCUGGAUGUCCGAGGCCGACUUCGACAAAGCCUUCGAAGCCCGGUUUCCAGGGUGCAUGAAAGGCCGCACCAUGUACGUCAUCCCGUUCAGCAUGGGGCCGCUGGGCUCCCCGCUGUCCAAGAUCGGCAUCGAGCUGACCGACUCGCCCUACGUGGUGGCCAGCAUGCGCAUCAUGACCCGGAUGGGCACGCCCGUGCUGGAAGCCCUGGGCAGCGGGGAUUUCGUCAAGUGUCUGCAUUCCGUGGGCUGCCCGCUGCCUUUGAAAAAGCCUUUGGUUAACAACUGGGCCUGCAACCCCGAGCUCACCCUCAUCGCCCACCUGCCCGACCGCCGAGAGAUCAUCUCCUUCGGCAGCGGCUACGGCGGGAACUCGCUCCUGGGGAAGAAGUGCUUUGCUCUGCGGAUGGCAGGCCGGCUGGCCCAGGAGGAGGGGUGGCUGGCCGAGCACAUGCUGAUCCUGGGCAUCACCAACCCUCAGGGCCGGAAGAAGUACCUGGCGGCCGCGUUCCCGAGCGCCUGCGGGAAGACCAACCUGGCCAUGAUGAACCCCACUCUCCCGGGCUGGAAGGUGGAGUGUGUGGGUGAUGACAUCGCCUGGAUGAAGUUUGACCAACAAGGGAACCUAAGAGCCAUCAACCCAGAAAAUGGUUUCUUUGGCGUUGCUCCCGGAACCUCUGUGAAGACAAACCCCAACGCCAUCAGAACCAUCCAGAAGAACACCAUCUUCACCAACGUGGCCGAGACCAGCGACGGGGGCGUUUACUGGGAAGGAAUCGACCAGCCGCUGGCCUCGGGCGUCAAGAUCACCUCGUGGAAGAACAAGGAAUGGAGGGCAGAGGACGGGGAACCUUGUGCCCAUCCCAACUCGAGGUUCUGCACCCCCGCCCGCCAGUGCCCCAUCAUCGACCCUGCCUGGGAGUCUCCGGAGGGCGUGCCCAUUGAGGGCAUCAUCUUCGGAGGCCGCCGGCCUGCUGGUGUCCCUCUGGUCUACGAAGCUCUCAGCUGGCAGCAUGGAGUGCUUGUGGGCGCAGCCAUGAGGUCCGAGGCCACAGCCGCAGCAGAGCACAAAGGCAAAGUCAUCAUGCACGACCCCUUCGCCAUGAGGCCCUUCUUCGGUUAUAACUUUGGCAAAUACCUGGCCCACUGGCUCAGCAUGGCCCAGCGCCCGGGCGCCAAGCUGCCCAAGAUCUUCCAUGUCAACUGGUUCCGCAAGGACAAGGAAGGCAGAUUCCUCUGGCCGGGCUUCGGGGAGAACUCCAGGGUGCUGGAGUGGAUGUUCAACCGGAUCGACGGGGCGGGCGGUGCCAAGCUCACGCCCAUAGGCUACGUCCCCGAGGAAAGCGCCCUGAACCUCAAAGGGCUGGGAAGCAUCAACGUCAAGGAGCUCUUCCACAUCUCCAAGGAGUUCUGGGAGAAGGAGGUGGCAGACGUCCAGAAGUACCUGGAGGAGCAGGUGAACACCGACCUCCCCAAGGAAAUCCAGAGGGAGCUCCUGGCCCUGAAGCAGAGAAUCAGCCAGAUGUAGUCCCAGCCCAAGAGCUUCGCCUUCAGAAUCACCCCCUUCCCCUUCCGUAAGACGCAACAGGACAAGAGAGAGAGAGAGAAAGAGAGAGAGAGAGAGAGAGAGGGCCUUUCCGGAAUUGACAGCGCCCGCAGCAUGCAAUGACCACAGCGAUAAGCAGAUCCCAGAGACACUUCUUAAUUUUUCCGAUAAGACCACAGAGUACAGGCUAGUAACUAACAACUUUGGGAAGGGAAAUCUUAGCACGUCUCCAAAAUCCACAAUCCAAUGCACAUUUGUUCAGCUCUAAGGACACUCAGGCAUUUUGUCUUUUUUUGUGUUUUCACUUUAGCUGUGUGAAUUAGCUGGAAUGCACAGAAAAAAUACUUGAGCUGUAUAUGUGUGUGUGUGCGUGUGUGCGUGUGUGCGCGUGUGUGUACUGUUAUCUAAAAUAUAUUUAAUACCUUUGGAAAAAUCUUGGGCAAGAUUACUACUAGUUGUUGCUAGAAAGAAAUGUUGCUUUAUUAUUGAUGUGUGUGUUUAAAUUAUUUUUAUAUACCAUUGUUCUUUAUCUUUACGUAAUUUCAAUCUUUGCCCUUGACGCCUCUUGGAAA